UGUGGAUGUAUAUGUGAGUGUCUAUUUUCAUCUGAAUGAGGUAGAAGGAGAGGAAGGGGUUUCUGCGCUUCCCUUUCCAAUAGAGGGGGAGAUAGGAAGAGAGAGGGGGAGAGAGAGAGAGACACACACAGAGACACAGAGAGAGAGAGAGAAAAGUUUGGUCUUGUUCUCCCUUUCACUCUUUUUUUUAGGCAUGAACACUGAGACUUGCGUUUCAUACAGCGAUAUGACAUCCAUGGAUUCAUAUUAUAGCUCCUCUGCUGCGCAAGGUAGGGAUCACCAGACGGACCACUUUAGGACAUUCCCAGCUACUGAUACCAAAUACAGCCCCGCUGCCUUCCUGCCCAACAAAGGUCAGGGUUACGGAGAAAAGUCCAGGAGCCCCUUCCAACAGGAGUGCCAGUCAUUGGAUGCCGCCGCAGCUGGGCAAGGCACUUUCAGCAAAUACCACCUCUUCAUGCAGAGGUCUUCUUGCAAAACACCCCCCGAGGAGGACAAACUGCACCAGGAGAGGGGACACAACGGAGCGCUCAUCUCUUGCUACGGUAAAGACAGUUCUGGUCUGGCAGAUUCUGACUUGGCCCCAGACUCCGACCCACCUGGAAUGGACACCAGAUACCUAGCUGUGAAGGAUCAGGGCGUCAAGGUGGCCCCUGAUAGGACGCCAGGCACUGACUUAGCGAGCCCUCUGGAAAAGGCUGAUGGUGGCGAAAGCAACAAAGGCAAAAAGAGGCGCAACCGCACGACCUUUACGAGCUACCAGCUGGAAGAACUAGAGAAGGUUUUCCAGAAGACACAUUAUCCUGAUGUUUAUGCUCGAGAGCAGCUCGCGCUCAGGACGGACCUGACUGAAGCCCGCGUGCAGGUGUGGUUCCAGAACAGGAGAGCGAAAUGGCGAAAGAGGGAACGCUUUGGCCAGAUGCAGCAAGUCCGAACACACUUCUCCACAGCUUACGAGCUGCCUCUCCUGACUCGUCCUGAAAACUAUGCUCAGAUCCAGAACCCUUCCUGGAUCGGCGGCAGCAGCGCUGCGUCUCCCGUGCCGGGCUGCGUUGUGCCCUGCGACACGGUGACUCCAUGCAUGACACCUCACCCCCACUCUGCCAGCGGGGUGUCUGAUUUUCUGGGAGUACCGAGUCCCGGAGGUCACGUGGGGCAGGCUCACAUGGGCAGCCUGUUUGGAGGAUCUCCUGGCAUGGCUGGAGGCAUCAACACUUACGAUCUCAACAUGGACCCCGACCGCAAGUCCUCCAGCAUCGCCGCUUUGCGCAUGAAAGCCAAAGAGCACAGUGCAGCCAUAUCUUGGGCCACAUGAUGUGUUGACACAUGCUGGAUGACGGGGGACCUUGCUGACCCCUGAAAAGUCUAAACAAUCCCAGAACGGAGUAAGAGGUGGCACUAAAAUCAAGGCAACAGUGGCUACCUUCAAAAAUGCUGCAAUCAAAUUAUGUGGGGAAAAAAAGAGAGAUAAAGAUUUGGCAAAAUCGGCAGUGCCAUGUUUUUGGUGGCACAGCAGUGAGUGCUGUGGAAGCCCAGUGAGAAGGUGAAGGUGUGCUGUAUAACAGGAGUUGCAGUGUAGUGCUAAAGAUAGGCAAAUAUAUAUAUAUAUAUAUAUAUAUAUAAAAAAGAUGCUAGAAAAAGUUCAAUUAAUCCAAAAAAAGAAGAAAAAAAAAUCCAUGCACUUAUUUGCUAACACAGACACAAUUCUAUUUGUACAGAGCUUUUGGUAUCUUUGUUUUGGUGCUGUUUUUAUUCUAAUCUUGUUAUUUAAAAUGUCACCUUUUUUCCCUUUUUUGCGUCAUUUAAUUUGAAGUUUUGAUUCCACAGCUAGUUUAAAAAGCAUUCUGAAAAACACCCUUUAAAAAACCUCCAUACAUUUUACUCUUUUCAGCAUUAACUUAAGUCAUGCCGGUGCUGAGAUGACCAUCAAUACAAGCGUCACAGUAACCAAGUCUGGGUAUGUUUUCCAGUGACUGAAAACAUAGACAGGGCUCUUCCCUCUAACAUUACAAAGUAAAACAGAUGAAAAGUGGUUCUCUUGAGUAUGGCCAAGGGUAAAAGAUCCACCUGCUGCACAAACCCAGCCUGCUGAUGCCCAGAGAGGAGGAGGAAAUGGUGUAUGGGAGUACGAGAGGGGCACAGCAGGCCUGCUGCUCUCAGGGUUGAAGAGCCUGGGAGCGCCAGCCUCCAAACAGAUGCAGCUCUGUUUUCAGGAGAAAGACUCCAAGUGGACAUGACUGUGCCCCAUGCAUUUCUAGUCUCACAGGUCUCAGAAAGAGAAGUGCCUACCAGUCAGCCAGACUGCCAGAAAUAACACAGGAACCAGCAGAAGCCUCUUUUGAAACAGAGCGGGCUACUGGGGAUAACACCGUGUGUUGACGCUCUUAAGCACUGAAUGGAUGUCAGUAUUCAGCAGCCUUUUCUGGACUUUAACAAGCCUGCAUUUGGCUUUCAGUGCAGCGCUGGCAUACAUGUCAUUGUUACUCUUCCUCUUCUUUUUUUUUUAACCAUCAUCAAAUCUUUCAAAGUACUCCAUCACCCUGAUUAAUGCACAGUGAAACAUAAAACAAACUAAAUGGCAGAAAAUCCACUGGUGCUUCGAUGAUCAGUCCACCAUCUACAGCAAGGUGACUGAUGGGAAUGAGGUUAAAACUGGCUGAAAGUUCUCUACAGCAGAACAAGGCAGGAUAAUUGUGUCCAUCACAAAGUUGUGGCAUGGAGACGAGGAUUAAAGCUACAAAACUUUGGUCCUAGCUUCAUCUGUUUUUUUCCCCCGUCAGAUACCAACAUGACAGGUCCAUGUCUUCCCUCUGCUUUCGUCUAGUUUACUUCUAUCAGGACUUAAGCACUAUUCCCUGUGUCUGUGUCCUUUGCCCCCACGAAAAGAAGUGUAAGAUAGAGGUUGACCCAGCCAGAUACCUCAUACCUUUCCGGGGAUAUCAUUCAAAUUUUUAAGCAUAUUUAAAAAGCAAACUUCCAUUUUUCCCUGGUAACAGCAUCUUGCAGUGACAGAAAUAGCCAAUGAGCUUUUCAAGUGCAGCAAGAUGAGGUAAUACAUGGCUUCCUUUGUUUGCAAAGCCUGAUUUAGGCCUGAAGCAUAACAAAGGGUUUCAUGGUCUCAGAAAGCAAACCCGAUACCUUGUGGUACCACCUCGAGGCAGAGCAACCAUUGCUAAUUCCCUAAACUAAACCACAUUCCCUCUCCUCCUGGGUAGGUAGGUAAGAGAGGUGAGGUGCAGGCUACAACCUGUCAGCAGAGCAGAUCGCUCUCAAGUUGUCCAAAUCACCUCCAGUUUCACUCCUCUGUCCAAAUGCGAGGCAUGUGCAUGCACAGAGGACAUAUCCCAGAAGUGAGAGGGUAUCCUUGCGAAUCUGAACAUGGGGCCCCCUGUGCUCUAGCCUAGGGGUUGGACGGAGGGCGAGCUGUGAGGGCGUCUGCUGUGUUCCGGUGUUCUGGGAAAAGGACAGUGCACACAGCUGCGCUCAGGGGGUAAAUGCAAAACAAACAUGCCUCACACAUGCUUCCCCCUCAGCUGUCAUGGCUCUGCUUUCAAAGAUCUACUCCCCCCUCCCCAAUCACACAAAUUGCACUGCGCCUCUCCUUUCGCUCACUCCCACUACGUCCACCAGCCCCAAGCCGCAGCCCCUCAUCGCAGGGUCUGAGGCACAGCCACACAGGCAACCGAGGAAGGCUUUUUAAUUAACACUGAGCCAUGUGGAGGCUAUGGACUGCAGUAUUGUGUGUCAGGAUGGACAGGACUGUCUGUCUUCUAGUUGGUCUAGCUGGACGCAGACAUACUGGCAAUGAGACGCUCAGGUUUACCGUUUUCUGUGCAUUUAUGAGAAUCUCCAGUGAGGUCUUUAACAUAUGGAAACCAAAGAUGGACUGUUUUUACCCCUUUAAGUAAUUUCCUACACUUACACAAAGCCUGUUAAUGCAAGAUUCAGCUUUAUAUUAAAAAAAAUCUCUCUUGUAUGCUGCACAACUCCAGCCUUGAGUGAUAACAUCCCCCCUUCUCAUUUUUCUAAUACUACUGAAGUCAGGUAAUCAGUAUAGGAGUAAAUAUAUGAUAAAUGCGUGCUGUUGUGUGCAUGUACAGAGUUGUGCGUGCAGCUUGAAGUGUCAUAAGACUCGUAAACAUUUUACUAAUUUGAUGCUGUUUUAUUUUGUGGGACAAUUUAUAAAUAUUUGAGUGUAAAACUUUUCUUAAACUUGGCGAUGAUCUGUUUGUAUUCCUUGUGUUUGUGGACAUUGUUUUCUCAUCAUGUUAUUCUUUAAUUUCCCCCUCCUACCAAGUUUGUGUGGCUUUAAGCUGUCUUUGGAAACGAGAGUAUGAAUUUACUCAUGCUUGUGUGAUUAAAAUACCAUAAGUUAUUGUACUUUGA